AUGAGGUUGGACACAUCUUAUUUAGCCUAUUUGACCAAAGAUGAAUUGAGAGUACUUGUGGCUGUGGAAAUGGGCAUGAAGAAUCAUGAAUUUGUACCUGUUUAAUUGAUUGAAAAAAUAUCAAAAGUCAAAAGAGCCAAUGCUUACUAAAUUUUACAAUAGCUAUUGAAGCAUAAACUAGUUUAGCAUGUUGCCAAAAAAUAUGAUGGCUAUAGACUCACAUAUUUGGGAUAUGACUUCCUUGCCUUGAGUGCCUUCUACAAAAGAGGAACCAUCGUCUAAGUCCUUUCUAAAGUAGGAGUUGGAAAAGAAUCUGAUAUUUAUAAGUGUAUCAAUUCAGAUGGUAAUUUUGUCAUCCUUAAAUUGGCUCGAUUGGGUAGAACAUCAUUUAGAACUAUUAAAAAUAAAAGAGACUAUAUUAAAAAUAGGACCCAAUAUAAUUGGCUCUAUCUUAGCAGAUUGGCCAGCAUCAAAGAGUUUGCAUAUAUGGAGGCUUGCCAUAAGAAUGGAUUUCCAACUCCAAAACCAUAUGACUGGAAUAGACAUGCCAUAGUGAUGUCCUUCAUUGAUGGAUAUACUCUAUGCAGUAUCUAAGAACUUGGUGAUGUCGAUGGUGUCUUUGUCCAAUGUAUUAAUUUGAUUGAGAAAUUUGCAAGUCAUGGCCUCAUUCAUUCAGACUUUAAUGAAUUCAAUCUUAUGAUUACAGAACAACAAAAAAUUAUUGUUAUCGACUUUCCUUAAAUGGUAUCAACAUAGCAUUUGAAUGCGGACUUUUAUUUCCAAAGAGAUUUAGAUUGUAUUAACAUCUUCUUUUAAAGAAGAUAUAAGGCCAAUUUGCAUUCAGAUUUGAAGUUACAAGAUAUCAAAGUUAUUAAACAUCUUGAUAAUGAAGUCAAAGCUUCAGGUUUUAUUAAAUCUGAACUUAAUGAUAAUAAAGAACUUGAAAUUUUAGAAGCAGCUUAAUAAGAACAAUAAUAAUUUUUGUAAGAAAAUGAAAAAUUCUAAUAAGAUGAUGAUGAUGAAGAUAAUAUUGAUUAAGAUUAGUAAGAUAAUGACGAAUAAGAAGAUGAUGAAGAUAAUGAAAAUGAUAAUGAUAAUAAUGAAUAAGAAGGCGAUGAUAAGGAUGAUGAAGAUAAUGAUGAUGAAUAUGAAGAUGCAGAUGAUGAUGAAGAUUAUGAUGAAAAUGAAGAAAAUUAAAAUAAUCAAGAUGAUGAUGAUCACAAACAAAAAGAAUAAAAUGAUAAUCAAAAAAAUAAAGUAUAAUAAUAAGAUGCUUAAAUUCCAAAAGAUUUAACAAAAAUUACAGAAUUGGAUCAAAAGAAUAUUAAGAAAUUUGUUCAAAAAAAAUUCCGUAAAAAGAUGGUAGUCAAAAAGAAUAUCAAUAAAACAAAAGGAAUAGAGGAUAGCAAAACAUUAGCCUAAGAAGCACUCCAUUAUAUAUGAUUUGUUAAAUGUGAUUAAUUCUAUAAUUAAGAUGUCAUUAUUACAUUAAUUCAAAGAAA